AUGUCUGAUCAGAAGCCUAUCGAGCAGACUCCUGCCACUGAGAAGCCCGUCGUGGAGACGGCCGAGUCCUCGGAAACUCCCGCGGCCCCUAUUGUUGAGAACAAUGGCACUGAUACCGCGACUAAGCCUGAGGAACCCGCCAAAGAUGAGCCUGUGAAAACUCAGGAACAUGUCAGGAAUGAAGUCUUGCCUGCUACGGCCACCACUGUUACCGCCGCCGAGCCUGAGGUAGCUAAGCCCGAGGAGCAAAAGCCCCAGAAGCCAGAAUACGUGACCAACGUUCCGUCCCUGGGCGAGUUCUUCGACCACCUCCCCGCCAUUCUCACCAAGACUGGUCACGAUGAGAUGUGGGGUGUGCCUCUCAAAGAUACCGCGGAUAUUCCCACCGUCAACGUGCUGAUCAAGUUCCUCCGAGCCAACGAGGGCAACCUGGCAGCCGCCGAGGACCAGCUUCGCAAGGCUCUCGAAUGGCGCAAGCAGACCAACCCAUUGGCGCUAAUCGAGACGGGUCGCUACAGUGCUACCAAAUACGGGGGUUUGGGAUACCUGACUACCUAUGAGCAGGAUGGUCGUCCUCUGGUCUUCACGUGGAACAUCUAUGGCGCAGUCAAAGAUAUGAGCGCGACCUUUUCAGACUCGGACGAAUUUGUCAGAUGGCGCGCAGCCCUCAUGGAACUUGCCGUCCAAGACCUGAAGAUGAAGGAUGCCACGACCGUGAUCGACUACGACGGCGAAAAGGACCCUUACCAGAUGGUCCAAGUCCACGACUAUCUGAAUGUCAAGUUCUUCCGUAUGGACCCCGCAGUUCGUACCGCGACGAAGAAGACCAUCGAUGUCUUCUCCACCGCGUACCCUGAGCUGCUGCGCGAGAAGUUCUUCGUCAAUGUGCCCUCCAUCAUGGGCUGGAUGUUCUCUGCUAUGAAGCUCAUUCUAAGCCGCAACACGACCCGCAAGUUCCACCCCAUCACCAAUGGCGCCAAUCUCGCUCACGAAUUCCCUGCUGCGAUCGCGGAUAAGCUCCCUAAGACCUAUGGUGGAAAGGGUUCGGUCCUGAAGGACGACGGGGAGGCUCGCACAGUCCAGCUGAUUGAAGUUAAGGAAGUGAAUAAGGAGGAGCCUAAGGAAGAGGCGAAGCCUGCUGAAACUUCUGGCGAAAGUGCUGCUCCUGCUGAUGCCAUUGUGAACCCCGAGGCAGCGAAGGAAGCUUCUAAGGAUGAGCCCACUGCCACUGAGCCUGCCAAGGAAGAAACUGUCAAGGAAGAGCUCAAGGAGACAACUCAGGAGCCUGCCAAGGAGGAAGUCAAGGAGGAAACUAAGUAA